AUGAUGGCCUCCCGGUCUUUACUGAUAUGUUCCAUAAUCCUCGUUCUCCUCUCGACUUUCACAACAGCAUGGCCUUGGCCCCGAUGGCUUCCGGAGUUAGACACUCUGGUUGUUAGGGAUAAUACAGAUACCGCAAGUGAGACAAAAUCGAGCGCUCCAACCAAGACGGACUCAGCGUCAGCAUCUCAAUCAGCAUCUCAGUCGGCAUCCCAAUCAGCAUCUCAAUCAGAUUCAAAAUCAGAUUCACAAACACAAUCUGCGGCAGCGUCAACGACUCAAUCUCAAUCUGAAUCAGCGUCACAAUCCGCCUCACUCGAUAUACAGACCAUAAUAUCCUCCGGGAAAACCAUCGCUGUUACGAAAACCAUCCAGCCUUCUGCCACCAAAUCUGCCUCCGUCUCACUCGAUAUCCAGACCAUAAUAUCCUCCGGGAAAACCAUUGCUGUUACGAAAACCAUCACACCUUCAGAAAGCAAAUCUGGCGUUCACCACACUACUCAAUAUGAUCCAAACCUACCUGCAGGCGGCAUCUCCAUGAUCACACCAGCCGUGAUCUCUGGCCCGCAAUACUACAAAAUUGGAGAAUUUGUCACGUUCGUAUGGAACUAUACCAAUGUACUGGCCACACCAACAGCCGUUAAUGUCAUGGCGACCUGUACCGCAAACCAACAGCUUUAUACCCUAGCUGCAAACCAAACAGUGGGCAACUCAACGGGAGCUGUGACUUGGGAUACGGGUGCGUACCAAGCGACUGCAGUGCAGGACCCGUUGUUAACGGAGACCUAUACCCUUAUUAUUUACGAUGCUGCAUCGAGUAUAAGUGCCACGGCCCAGCCCGGCUAUUUGGCCGUCUACAAUCAGUAUACGUUUGGGAUGUAUUCGCCGCAGCCCUAUACACCUCUGAAUGAAUACAUCUGUGCUACUUGCAGUGGUGCGUUGAGUGAUAUGGAAAGAAGAGCUCUGGGAAUGGUGUUCGGUAUGGGCCUCAUUACUAUCUUGAGUUUCACGUGGUUUGUUGGUGGGUUGGGUGUGAUUUGGUGA